GCCAUUAAAAAACAACAACAAAAAAACCACUUAAGCACACAGCUUGUUCACACUCUACGCAAAAUUUACAACAACAAAAAAAAAAAACAAGUUCAAACUGCAAAAAAACACACUCUAUUUUCUCUCACUUUCCCCCACUUUCUCACAUUUUCCCUCCCUAGAAAAUUUCACAAAAGAAAAUUUUCCCAACACCAAGAAAAAAAACCAGCUGUUUUUCUUGUAUUGUCUCUUUAACUUUUUUGGGUAUAUGUGUUUUUUUGCUUUCUCUUUCUAUAAGCAUAGAAUAAAGUGUUCUCAUUGAGAAAAAAAGGAGCAUUAUUUUUUUAGAGAUAGAGAGAGAGAGGAGCUUUAUUUUUCUAGAGAUAGAGAGAGAGAGGCCAUUGUUUUGUGGGCAUGAUGAUGAAGAAUUUAACAAUGUGCAGCAUUAAAAAUAAUAAUGUUUUAGUUAUUUUUAUAUUGCUGGGUUUAUGGGUUUGUUCUGUGAGUUCCUCUGUUUUGUAUGAUUCUAAAGCUAUCACCAUUGAUGGCCAUAGAAGGAUUCUUAUUUCUGGAUCAAUUCACUACCCCAGAAGCUCCCCUGAGAUGUGGCCAGAUCUUAUACAGAAGGCUAAAGAUGGAGGAUUGGAUGUUAUUCAGACUUAUGUUUUUUGGAACGGGCAUGAGCCUUCUCCUGGAAAAUAUUAUUUUGAGGGGAACUAUGAUUUGGUAAAGUUUAUCAAGCUGGUGAAGCAAGCAGGAUUAUAUGUUCAUCUCAGAAUUGGACCUUAUGUUUGUGCUGAGUGGAACUUUGGAGGCUUCCCAGUUUGGCUCAAGUACAUUCCUGGUAUCAAUUUCAGAACAGAUAAUGGCCCCUUCAAGGCUCAAAUGCAAAAAUUUACUACAAAGAUAGUCAAUAUGAUGAAAGAAGAAAGAUUAUACCAGUCUCAAGGGGGUCCAAUCAUUUUAUCACAGAUUGAGAAUGAAUAUGGACCUAUGGAAUAUGAACUUGGUGCACCUGGUAAAGAAUACAGCAACUGGGCAGCAAAAAUGGCGGUAGGUCUCGGCACUGGUGUCCCAUGGGUCAUGUGCAAGCAAGAUGAUGCUCCUGAUCCAGUUAUUAACGCCUGCAAUGGUUUCUACUGCGAUUAUUUCACUCCGAACAAACCUUACAAACCCAAGAUGUGGACAGAAGCCUGGACUGGAUGGUUUACCGAAUUCGGUGGUGCAGUUCCUUAUAGACCAGCUGAAGACUUGGCCUUUUCAGUUGCAAGGUUUAUUCAGAAAGGAGGAGCUUUCAUAAACUAUUAUAUGUAUCACGGGGGAACCAACUUCGGGCGAACUGCUGGUGGUCCAUUCAUUGCUACAAGUUAUGAUUAUGAUGCACCACUUGAUGAAUAUGGACUACUGAGGCAGCCUAAAUGGGGCCAUUUAAAGGAUUUGCAUAGAGCAAUUAAGCUAUGUGAACCAGCUUUAGUAUCUGGAAGUCAAACUGUGAUGCCACUUGGAAAUUACCAAGAGGCUCAUGUAUAUAAAACAAAGUCUGGCGCAUGUUCGGCAUUCCUUGCAAAUUACAACCAAAGAUCAUAUGCAAAAGUAUCUUUCGCAAAUAAGCAUUACAAUUUGCCUCCCUGGUCUAUUAGCAUUCUUCCAGACUGCGAGAACACUGUUUACAACACUGCAAGGAUUGGUGCACAAAGUGCACAAAUGAAAAUGACUCCUGUUCCUAUGCAUGGAGGAUUCUCUUGGCAGGCGUAUGGUGAAGAGGCGUCCUCAGAAGGUGAUAAUACAUUUACGAUGACCGGGUUGUUGGAGCAGAUAAAUACAACUAGAGAUGUCACAGAUUACUUGUGGUACUCAACAGACGUCGUGAUCGACUCUAGUGAAGGCUUUUUAAGGAGUGGAAAGUAUCCUGUUCUGACAAUUCUAUCUGCUGGGCAUGCUUUACAUGUUUUUGUCAACGGAGAACUAGCAGGAACUGCAUUUGGAAGUUUGGAAUCACCGAAGUUGACUUUUAGUAAAGGUGUCAAGAUGAGGGCUGGUGUCAACAAAAUUUCUCUUCUCAGCAUUGCCGUUGGUCUUCCAAAUGUCGGUCCACACUUUGAGACAUGGAACGCUGGCGUCCUUGGUCCAGUUACAUUGAAUGGUCUCAAUAAAGGAAGGAGGGAUCUUUCUUGGCAGAAGUGGUCAUACAAGAUUGGUCUUAGGGGAGAAGCAUUGAGUCUUCAUUCUCUCACCGGGAGUCCUUCGGUUGAGUGGACACAAGGGUCUUUUGUGUCUCAAAGGCAGCCACUUAUGUGGUAUAAAACCACUUUCAAUGCUCCAGCUGGAGAUUCCCCAUUGGCUUUAGAUAUGGGUAGCAUGGGUAAAGGUCAAGUAUGGAUAAAUGGACAGAGCGUUGGACGUUACUGGCCUGCGUAUAAAGCAUCUGGUGAUUGCGGUGUCUGCAAUUAUGCUGGAACCUUUAAUGAGAAGAAAUGCUUGAGGAAUUGUGGGGAAGCUUCUCAGAGAUGGUAUCAUGUUCCUCAUUCAUGGCUAAACCCAACAGGAAACUUGUUGGUUGUGUUUGAAGAAUGGGGUGGAGACCCUAAUGGAAUCUCUCUGGUUAGACGGGAAGUAGACAGCGUUUGUGCUGAUAUUUACGAGUGGCAACCAACUUUAAUGAAUUACAUGAUGCAAUCAUCGGGUAAAGUCAACAAGCCUCUCAGGCCUAAAGUUCAUCUGCAAUGUGGACCUGGGCAGAAAAUGUCUAAAAUUAAGUUUGCUAGCUUCGGAACACCAGAAGGGGUUUGCGGAAGCUACCGCCAAGGAAGUUGUCACGCCUUCCACUCUUUUGAUGCUUUUAACAGGCUUUGUGUUGGGCAGAAUUGGUGCGCGGUAACUGUAGCACCAGAAAUGUUCGGGGGAGAUCCAUGUCCGAAUGUCAUGAAGAAGCUAGCUGUGGAGGCUAUUUGCAGUUGAUGGCCUAAAGAAACUGGUACUCGGUUUCUGAUAAAUUUCCUUGCACUCGAAGCUAGAAGCUUCAUUAUGUUAUUUUUUGAGGUAAAUUAAGCAACCAACACCACUACCACUAUCGCCACCAUUUGUUCGGCUCUUCGACAGUAAAGUUGUACAAAAAUAUACAGCCCACCUGGUUGAAAGCCCACAUUGAUUGUGAAAAUCAUCGGGUAUGAGCAUUAUGUGUACAUAAGGUAGACUGUUUAUUAUUUGUGUUAUUGAUGCUGCGCAUGAAAGCGAAAGAUCGAUCUGGGUUUAAUCUGAAGCACGUCGAGACGAAGAUAAUUGAGUCCGUGUGCAAAUUGUACUAGUUUUAGAAAAUGGAAAGCCUCUGGUUUCCAGUUCCCUGUAAUCUUUGCAUUUUUGUACUGCAUGUAAACUUAUAUGCUGGGAAGUAAUUCCUUGCAAUACUUUGUUCUUGUAAGAAUGGUUCUUGAGGUUGAAGGAAUGUAACCGCACUAGUCACUAGAUUAUUAUUUGUGUCAUUGAAUUAUGAUCGUCACGUUUUGGUUUUCA